CCCUGAAAUCUUCUAUCCCACUAGUACUUUGAAGUUUUAACAAUAUUGUUAUAUCUCGUUGCUUCUUUGAACAUUUCAAAAGGCCCGAGCAUUAAAAUGCCAGAAAUGGACGCGACUUAUUCGUAGCUGCAACCCUGUACUUCCCAUUUCUUCAUAACUUCAAUUUCUUCGCCUCGCUCCAAGUUUUCAUCUGGUAAAUAUGCAGUACUCCUUUCUCCCUUUCUUUUUUAUCACUUACUUUUUUUCAAUAAUCAACCUUCCAUUCAGUCUCCGUGCCGAUGAUACAGUAGAAUAUGCCAACUGCAGCCAACCUAUUACCUGCGGGAGCGUCAAAAGCAACAUCUCUUACCCCUUUUGGGGGGCGAACCGAGCCGAAUACUGUGGCAAAUCUGGGUACGAGGUCACAUGCCAAGCCGAUGCCCCAAUGAUCACCAUGAGGAAUAUCACUUUCAGAAUUCUUGACAUGAGUAGUACAACAACUCCUACUGUAAAAGUUGCUAGGCAGGAUUACUGGGGAACUAUCUGUCCCCCGACAUAUGUUCCCACAAACCUCAUCUUCUCUCUCUUCAAUUACUCUUCUGGGCUUCUGAACGUGUCUUUUUGGUACGGAUGCAAUACAAACGUAACAGCAGUCGCUGGUAAUUCGCAUUUCUGCAACAGUAGCGUCACUGCUACCUAUCUCACACAGACACAGACGAGAGCUAGUAAUGCCUCAGUUGAUCCAGUUACUACGGGCGCCUGUCAAUAUAAGGUUAUGGUUCCGGUAUUUGAAUCCGCUUCUGAGGCUCUGGACAACAAUGCUACAGAUAUUCAGACUGCCAUAGAUGGUGGUUUUGAAUUGGAUGUGCUAGAUGAUGAUACUGGCCUGUGCGAAAUUUGCGUGGCAUCAGGAGGAGUUUGUGGGCAAGACUCUACUAGUGCUCAAUUCAUUUGCUUUUGCCAGGAUUCAUCUUCAACAGCCACAUGUUCUGAAAACUCUUCAACAAUUCCAACUUCAUCAGGUACAGGAGAAUAUGGAAGCUGCAGCCAAAGUAUUAGCUGUGGGGACGUGAAAAGCAACAUCUUUACCCUUUUUGGGAAGCGAACCGCGCUGAGUACCGUGGCAAAUCUGGGUUCGAGGUUACAUGCCUAGGAAAUGUCCCAUUGAUCACCAUGAGGAAUAUCAUUUUCAGAAUUCUUGACAUGAUCAGCAAUAGUAGUACUACAGAAACUUCGACUGUAAAAGUUGCUAGGGAGUAGGGAGGAUUACUUGGGAACUAUCUGUUCCUCGCUUUAUUAGCCACAAACCUCUCCUUCUCUCUCUGCACUUACUCUUUGUGAUUCAAAACAUAUCUGUUUACUAUGGAUGCAAUACUACUUCAAGUGUAAAGUCGCAGGUAACUCGCAUGUCUGCAACAGUAGCGUCACUGCUUCCUAUCUCACACAGAUGAAAGCCAGUAAUGUCGCAGUUGUACAACAGAAGUUUCGGUUCCCGUAUUUGAAACCGCUUCUGAGAGGCCCUGGACAAAUAAUACAACAGUUAUUAAGAUUGCUAUAGAUGGAGGUUUUGAAUUGGAUGUGCUAAAUGAUGAUACUGACCUUUGCAACAAUUGCGUGGCAUUAGGAGGAGUUUGUAGGCAAAACUCUACUAGUGCUCAAUUCAUUUGCUUUUGCAUCAUUCAGAAUCAGUAGCAAAAAAGAGACAGAGCUGCCUUCUAAAUUGGGUCUAAAAAGAUUGUAUGUAAGUUCUUUAUGUACUGGUUUCUUUAGUGGAUUUGUUACCAGCAUAGGGCCCAUAGUUGUUUUCCUUUUUCAAGGAUUUUACUGCA